AUGUCGAUUUUCCCUGUUCGCGAUGAUAGGGAUCUGUGGAGCAGGCGACGCAGUCUACUCGAUUGGGAGUUUCCGCAAAUGGCUCUCAUGCCAUUCGAUCAGGUGUUUAAUUGGGUGGAGAGGUCUCGUCAAUCCUUGCACGAUGACGUCACGAACAUGCACAGGAAUCUCCUCUCUCUAGAGCCCUUUUCAGCAAUGGAUAACGCCUUUAAUAGUGUGAUGCAAGAGCUGAGUGCCAUUCAACCUCGAGAGUUCCACCCCGAGCUCGAAUACACUCAGCCCGGCGAGCUUGAUUUCCUCAAGGACGCCUACGAAGUGGGCAAGGAUGGGAAGUUGCACUUCAAGGUGUACUUCAACGCGAAGAACUUCAAACCCGAGGAGAUCACCAUCAAGACAGAGAAGAACAAGUUGAUUGUUAGGGCUCAGAGAUCGGUGACCCGUGGAGAUGCCUCGAUGUCGGAGUCAGUGGGUCGAUCCAUUCCACUUCCGCCAUCGGUGGACCGCAAUCACAUCCAAGCCACACUCACAUCGGACGAUGUGUUGAUGGUUGAGGCGCCCGUCGACGCGCCGAACUACAAGGCCAUAAAGUUGACUCCGGAGAAGGGUUUGGCUAUUCAACCCACGGAGGCGCAGGAGAGGCAGCUGGCAGUGACGAACAAGGAGGGACUGGAGAUCGUCACGGCGGAUGAUGGGUCGAAGAAGAUGCACUUGGAGUUGAAAGUGGACCCUCAUUUCGCGCCGAAGGACGUGAAGGUGUGGGCGAAGGGUAAUAAGGUGUAUGUGCAUGGUGUGAUGGGGAAGGAGGAGAAGACUGAAAACGCCUCGCAUAGUGAGCAUCGUGAGUUCUACAAAGCCUUCGUGACGCCGGAGGUGGUCGACGCUAGCAAGACGCAGGCGGAGAUGGUCAAUGGCCAUAUGGUGGUGGAGGCACCUCUCUUUAAAUGA